AUGGGUGAGAAGCUCCUCGCCGCACAAGGUCUGCGCGUGUGUGCACGGGACGUGGGCGGCCAGAAGACUCUCCGGUCCUACUGGCGCAAUUAUUUCGAGAAGACGGAUGCACUGAUAUGGGUCGUCGACGCGACUGAUCGCCUGAGAAUGGACGAUUGCAGAGACGAGCUACACGGACUGCUGCUAGAAGAGACUGGCCUGCACUGCGACCUGUUUGGCGGGUGGAGACAGCACAUGGCACAUGGCGCCAGGCGACCAGCUGACCACCCGCUAGGCAUAAUUCAGCGUUUGGCUCAGCGCAACGGAACCCGUCGUGGCGCCGGGCUUGUUGGGCAUUGCGAAUGGCGCCGUGGGCUCCAGAAUCCGCCCACCAUCCAGCAUCUCUCUGGACCCCUGGUCCGCCCGCGGAAUCGACUUGGAAGCCAAACCCCGUUAGGCUUAUCCGCCAACUGCAACCCUCAGACUUGCAUCACAAAAGUCAACAUUGGAUUCCAUGCCCACGCCGGGGCUCCAACCAUCUCCAUCAUCUGCACGACCAGGACGCGGAGAAGCUUCAACCUGGCAACGGGGUCAUUGGUGCAAAUACCGGCGUCCUUAUUCCUACUCGUCGUCUACGAGUGUCAUGGCCUAAAACGUCAUACCGCAACCGCAAUUGACAACAGCAGCCCGCAUCGAUCCACGACCACGAGAAAGGAAAAGGACAUGUCCGACGAGGUGUCCCAGUUCCUCGAGCAGGUCGAGCGUCUGCGCGGCCAGCAGAUAGAGGAUGACGAGGCUCGGGCUCGUGAAAGGGAGGAAUUCUUGGCUGCCAAGCGGGAACGCCAGGCACGAAGAGAAGAACGUGCCCGGUCCAUCUCCCCUCAGAAAUCAUCCCCUGCGAAUACGCCAUCACCGCGCUCCAGUCGCCGAAGUUUUCAGGUUCCCGACGUUACCCGGCUCGACUCGCCCAGUAGGACGUCCGCCUCUCUGCCCGUCGGUGAAGACUCGAUGACGCCUCCAGGCCCGCCUGCCAGGGACGGCAAAACCGCUGUUGAGCCGGACACGAGGCCAAUUGAGAGCUCAACAUCGCCGAUGAGAACUCCUACGCUGUCGUGGCAGAAACGGCCCGCAUCGCGGGGUGGUGCCCGGCCUUUGAACGUGGUAGCGGCCCAAAAUGCGACCCAGAGGUCUCUGGCCGGGUCGCAGGAGCCAGCAUCUGCCACCGAAGAAAGCUUCUCCAAGGAUCAGAUCGCCAGAGCUUUGGGGUCCAAGGAUCCUUCAUGGUUCCGACAAACGGCGGAUCGUGGCCAAAGCUCUGCUGCGUUCAGACGCAGUCAGGUUGAAGAUGAGGACCGCUUAGAUAUGUCGUCGGUUAGCGCCCAACUUCAGGGCUUGUCACCUGCUAAUCCGAUUUCGAGCUCAACGAGUUUCCACUCCCCAAAACACAGUCCAGAACCGCCAAGUCACUCGAGGCUUGCCUCACCAGUCGCGCUCAACUUUCCGCGGCUGGACGGUGCAACUGACGAGAUGCAACCAUCUCAAGAAUCUGCACCUUUGUCCGGAAGGGCCUCGCCUAAUAGGUCGCCGUCACCCACCAAGGGCCUCGGUGGCUUCGUCCAGAGCGCAAUGAUGAAGCGUAGUGAUAGUGUCAAACGAUGGAGUGUCGCAAGCCCUCCAGGUUUGACACGAGCGGACUCUGCUGCGGCCAUGCGGAGCGCCAGGUCGUCAGUUCAUCUGGGUUCAAGCCCUCAUAGCACUGUCCGAGGAGACUCUACCCCGACUGCGAGACCAACGUCGCAACAUGGCGACAAGCCGUCUGAACUUGCCAGCAUCUCCAAAUCGUCUAGUCAAAUGUCAAUAGAUGCAAGCCGUGGCGUGGAAAAGGACGGGGAUGCUGGCAUCCCGUCCAGUCCAUCAAAGACGAUGGAUCCCAGGCGCUGGAGUCCUACCAAAUCAAGUUGGCUCGAAAAUGCGUUGAACAGACCAGAGUCUCCAAAGCCAUCCUGGACGACUUCUCAACCCACCUGGAGGAACACCGCCAACGCAGAGUCAAGUCGACCAACAUCUGUCUCACACAAGCACCAGGUUAGUAUUGGGGGUCUCAUGAGGCAAUCAGCUGUCGGAAAUGUAGCCAAAUCCAACCCUACUGGUUUGGGGGGCAUUUACUCGCCGCCUCCAAAUGCAAAUCGACCUGCAUAUGGACAUGGAUCAAAACCCAGCAUCACACAAAGACAAUCUGAGCCGGAUUCAUCAAAGCCAGAUAAGAUGGCUGACGGGGAGGGAGUGAAGCAGGCUGAGGAAGGAAUCAGCUCCGCGAGCGCUACGAAACAAAUGCCCGUCACGAGCCCUCCGCAUCUCAAGCCCAGGCCUCAAACCCCGCCAACGACCGACUUCAGGUCGAAUUUGAGGCAACGUCCUGCAGAAAAAGAAGACCCAAAGUCUGGUGAGCCAGAGUUCAAGAAUGUGUUCGGCAACCUGCGCAAAACCAAAACCCAGAAUUACGUUGCUCCUGACGAGCUCAGGAAUAAUAUUCUUCGCGGCAAGUCGGCUCUUAACGUAACUGAUGGCCCGAAGAGGGGUGAGAGGAAAGAUGAAUUCAAAGACGCAAUACUGAAGAAGAGGGCUGAUUUCAAGGCUGCCCAGUCCGAGGGCCGAGGAGUGACAAGAACAUCAAGCACGGCUGCCGAAAAGCACUUGCCAGAGGGAUUGGCCAAGAGGGCGGAACUGGGAAAAUCAGUGGCAGCGAUGGCCAAGAAGAGCGACGUUCCAGAAAUACCGACUGUAACUCCCACGCAGAAAGAGGACUCGCAGAAGCCCGUCACUGGCCCGAAGAGAGUCCCGAGCGGAUCGGCAUUCUCCCCGAAACCUCCUAAUGCAGCACUACGCCCUGAGACGAGCCCGGGUACCGAAAAAUUGAGACGCGUGUCCACAGAACCCGAGGCGGCAAGGACCAAGACUGAACCGCGAGCAACAGCUACCUUGCAAAAGGAGACGAGUGCACCCUCAAAGCUGGCGGCUCAUAGCCGAGCUGGUGGUGGUAAGUUGGCGGAUCGAUUUAACCCAGGCUUGGCAGGUAUGCUGGCUAGAGGGCCGCCUCCCAUGGCCACUAAUGGUGGUAGAAGUUGUGACGAGACUGGUGACGACAAUGCAAAGUCAAGUUCUGGCAAUGCUAUUGAGGCACCAGCACCUGGACCUCAACUUACCCACAUGACAAAAGGCCGAGCUCGUGGUCCAAAGAGAAAGGCCCCGACAGUCGCCGCGGCGUCGGCCCUCAGCCAAACUGCGUCGCAGCCGCCACCUGCUAUCGCAGAGGCUGUCAAAGAAAGCAAAGCGGCAGUGCAGGAAUUGCCGGCCAAUGAACCAGGUACAGAGCACGGGUCAGCCAACCCAGCUGCACUCGACGAGAAGCCAACAACGCCCCCGGUAGCUCGCCCCUUGGAGUCGGAAGCGUCGCUAGAGCCAGCAGCUCGACCAGCAUCUCGAGGACGGCCGUUGCCCCUGGUACCAAGGCCCUCAGCUUCUUCGUCGCCGGCAAAGGCAAGCCCGCAACCUGAGCAGGAGGCUUUUGCUGCCACGUCGCCGAAGAAAGAAGACGCGAAGCAAAUACCGCGAUUCCUCGACGAAAACUCUUCCCAAGACGCCCAGAAAGACCCAGCUACGGAACCGGCUUGGUUGCGUUAUAGGCGUGCUGGAUCUCGCUCACCAACCAAACUGGCAGAGCCACCGUCACCGACCAAGAGUGACCGGGAUUCACUUCCGUCAAUGCGCGAGACUUCCCCUCGGUCCCCUCGCUUCGGUGUUCGAUCUGUCCCAACGUCGAUACCACCGCUGGAUGAGCCAGUAUCCCCAGGCGGUGGACCGGACAGGAGAGUGAGACCUCUGUCUGGACUGUCCGGUGAUGGUUACAAGUCGCCUGCCGCCACUGUAUCUCCAGCUCGCUCGCCUACUAAGCAAACCAACGAGGUGUCUGCGUUACUGACACGGUUCUUUGGCCCGCCACAAACUAGACAAGCAAUCAAGGUUGACCCUGCACAAAUUCUAAUGAACCGCCCCGACACUGGUGAUAAGGUCACGAGUCUUGGGCUUCAAAUGUUCCAAAUCCUCGGAGACGGGAAAAAGUUGCCAGUCUCGCCCCAGAAUGAACGAGUCCUGUUUGACCAGGAAAUGUAUGUUUGCGCCCAUAACUUGAUCAACGGAGCGGGAAAGAAGGUGCUCGAGGCGUACUUCUGGGUUGGCGACGAGGUUCCCGAGGCGUCAGCCGAAGACGCUCAGCUCUUUGUGCAACGGGAAGCUCGCUCCCUCGGAGGCAAACUUGUCAAGUUCCAACAGGGCAAAGAAACAGCCGAAUUUGUACAAGCCCUUGGUGGUGUGAUUAUUGUACGGCGCGGCUCGAGCAACAAGUAUGACUCGCUGGCUCCCAGCAUGUUGUGCGGCAGACGGUAUCUCGGACAAGUUGCCUUUGACGAGGUUGAUUUCACCCCAUCCAGCUUAUGCACCGGGUUCACGUAUCUCGUCGCCAAGGGUGGAACAUGCUACAUAUGGAAAGGCAAGGGGGGUGACGUCGCGGAGGUCAGCUGCGCUAGACUUGUCGGCAUGGACAUGACCCUGACGGGAGAAUUGAUCGAGUACGAGGACGGCAACGAGCCGCAGUCGUUCUGGCAUCUCUUCGAGGACAACAGCCCCAAGCCUCACUCCGCCGAUCACUGGCGCCUCAAGCCCAACUACGAAAAAUACUGCAGCCGACUAUUUUGUUCGGAUGCAGACUCUGGGCAACAGGUGCUGAAUCUCCGUGCUAACCAACCUGUGGAAAUCCAGAUCAUCGAACUCUCCCCGUUCAGCCAAAUGGACCUCCGGCCCACAAACAUAUAUAUCCUUGACGCCUUCUUUGAGAUGUACAUCAUCGUUGGAUCCCACGCAAACAACCAAUACGCGUCCUUCCGCAACGCCCUCGACUUUGCGCAGGAAUACGCCAUCCUGGCAUCCGGCAUGGAAGACCGCCCGUUUGUGCCGGUGUCGACGGUGGUGCUGGAAGGAAUACCAAGGGAUCUGAAGCGGGUGUUCAGGAAGUGGGACGAGGGACGGAGUCCGACAGUCAUGAAUGCGAGUGCCGGUUUGAAGAGGGGGAGAAGUUUGCGCGUCGUCACACUUACGCAGGCGUUGCUGGCGUUGGGGGAGUGA